AUGGAAUCCAAUGUUAGCCAAGAUCCUGCUGCAUUAGCCUUACAAAUCCAGUCACUCGCAGCCACUGUGGAAGAACUUACUAGGCAAAACCAAGAGAUGAGGCAGCGGUUGCAACAAGAAGAUAACCACAUGGAAAUCAACAAAGACAAUGAUGGAGAUAGUCAGAGGAGACGAACUAGCACUCCAGAAGAGGCAAACUCAAAUCUUCUCAGGGAGAUGGGAAAGGAGAUGGAGGAGCUAAGAAAUGCUAUCAAGGGAAAGAUGAAUCAAAGUUUAGAUAGAAUAGUCAGAAAGACAAACUCACCUUUCAUCUUAGCAGUUCAGGAAUGCCUGGUGCCCUCCAAGUUUCGUCUACCCCAGCUCGAGCCCUUUGAUGGACUAAAAGAUCCAUUGGAUCACCUCAAUACAUUCAAGAUGACGCUGGGUCUUCAACAACCCUUUGACGAGAUUCUGCAGCUAAGCAGCUCCUUCCUUCGUCAUUUUGUCGGCAGGCAACGUCCAAAAAGGCUAGUUGACCAUUUGCUCACCAUCAAGCAAGAAGAAAAAGAAACUUUGAGGUCCUAUGUAGCGUGCUUCACCCGAGGAAUUCUGGAGGUGGACGAAGCAGAUGAUAAGGUACAACUUACGACCUUUAAGGCUGGAUUAAAGUCCAGAGAAUUGGUGGUCUCUCUAGCAAAAAAUCCCCCUAAGACGAUGGCAGAGAUGCUUUUGAAGGCACAGAAGUACAUAAACGCUGAGGACGCCUUGAUUUUGACAAAGAUUAAGGACGAACAGUAUCUUAAAUGUCCCAGGCCACUCCACUCGUUGCCUAGUGUGCGCGACAAAAGGAAAUACUGCUGUUUUCACAAAGACCACAGGCAUUACACAGACGAUUGCCGAAAUUUGAAGGAGCAAAUAGAAGAACUUAUAUGGAAAGGGAAAUUACAGAAGUACGUGAAAAGGGGAGAUUCUAGUAGGUAUAGGGACGACAAGAAGGACCAACAUGAAGGCUCUCAGAGAGACGAAGACCACCUACCACUUUGUCCACAGAGUGCAAUAAGGGAAAUAAAAACCAUCACAGGAGGACCAUCCACAGGUGGGUCAUUCAGAUCCCUCAAGAAGUCAUACCAAAGGCAGGUGAAUAGUGUCCAUAGCUUGCCUUCCUUGAAGCAAAGACGAACAAAACAAGACAUGUACUUCUCAGAAGAAGAUGGUAGAGGGUUAAAGCAACCUCAUGAUGACCCACUGGUCAUUAUAAUCAUGAUUGAGGGAUUCAACACAAGAAGGGUUCUGGUAGACAACGGGAGCUCGGCGGACAUUAUCUACCUUUCUACCUUUCAGCAAUUAAAAGUAGACCCGAAGAGACUUCGUCCUUUCGAGUCCCCCCUCAUUAAUUUAAGUGGAGACAAGGUGUACCCCCAUGGAAUAGAAACGUUAACGGUCACAGCUGGCUUUUAUCCCCUCCAGGCCAUCCUGGCCUCAAAAGAGAACCACACGUGGAUAAUCGAAGAUAAAACACCAGAAAUUGUCGAGAAGCUAGAAACGAUAGAGUUGGUCGAAGGAGAUCCAGCAAAGAUGACCCAAGUAGGGAUAAGUCUAAAUCCAAAGACAAAAGAAGAUAUUAUUGGCUUCCUGAAGGAUAACCUCGACGUGUUUGCAUGGAGCCAUGAGGAAAUGCCAGGUAUCCUAGCAAACAUUAUCCAACAUUGCCUUAAUGUAGACCCUGAGAAAAAACCUGUCUAG